AUGGCUGCCUCUUCAUUCACUCUUCUUCUUCAUGCAGGACAAAGCAAUCCUCGCCACUCCAUCGCCCACGCAUCCAGACCGAAGCAAACCUUCUGCUGCCACAGCUACUUGUCCGCCGGAGAUGGCAGUCCGAAAGAGGAGCAAAGUGACAGUACAAAGCAGGGGAAGAGGUGGCCCAUCUCGCUGGUGGAAAUCUAUGGUGAGGCUGGGAAGCUGGGCAGGGAGCUGAAGGACUGCUUGUCACCAAAGCAGAAGGGUGACUGGAAAGACCUAGUGCUCAUGAGCUUCUCCUUCGCUGUGUACAUCUACAUCUCGCAGAGGAUUGUGUGCGCCUAUUGUGCCUGGAUGUCCAUGAUCAGUCACCCUUGACUUGAUGCAACUGCCUUUCUUCUUACUUAAUUGUGUAUAUUCUGCAACUAUUGCUCAUUUAGAUUAUUCAUAAAAUAAGAGCAAGUGGUCUAUAGUAGUGUUACCA